AAACAGUAAUGGCGGAGGCAGCGGCAGCGUCUACAGCGGCUCCGGCGGUAACAGGCGGCAGCUGGACGAAACACGUAACGUGCAGGUACUUUAUGCACGGGGUUUGCAAAGAAGGUUCCAACUGUCGCUACUCCCAUGAGCUGAGCAGCAGCAAGCCUCCCAUGAUGUGCAGGUACUUCCAAAGAGGAUGCUGUGCCUAUGGAGACUUGUGCAGGUAUGAACAUGCUAAGCCAGCCAAGCACCAGGAGGAGCCUGUGGGCCUCGAGCCAGAGAUGCCGCUGUCCCCUGCCCCCACCCCAGCACCCCAGCCCCUCGCCGGCACUCCAGAGAUUAAGCCCAGUGAACCGGGCCGCACAGUGCAGCCAUAUGGUUCAGGGGCUGUUGACUGGGUCCUUGCCGCUGAGUUUAUUCCAGGCCAGCCUUACUGUGGGCGAGCUGCAGCAACUGAACCCAUACUGGUGGAGGGGCCCACCUUGCUCAUUGAGGAGGAGUAUAAGAAAGAACAUGAGGACAAAGAGCUGAGGAAGCAGCUGUGCCCAUAUGCUGCUGUGGGCGAGUGCCGCUAUGGCCUCAACUGCGCGUACCUUCACGGUGAUGUGUGCGACAUGUGCGGCCUGCAGGUCCUCCACCCCUCCGACACGGCACAGCGUUCACAACACAUCAAGGCAUGCAUCGAGGCUCACGAGAAGGACAUGGAGAUCUCCUUCGCCAUCCAGCGCAGCAAGGACAUGAUGUGCGGCGUGUGUAUGGAGGUGGUUUUUGAGAAGAGCAAUCCCAGCGACCGCCGCUUUGGCAUCCUAUCCAACUGCUGCCACUGCUACUGUCUCAAGUGCAUCCGCAAGUGGCGGUGCGCCAAGCAGUUUGAGAGCAAAAUCAUCAAGUCUUGUCCAGAAUGUCGAAUCACAUCCAAUUUUGUCAUACCGAGUGAAUAUUGGGUGGAGGACAAAGAGGAGAAACAGAAACUCAUCCAGAAGUACAAGGAUGGCAUGGGCAGUAAACCCUGCCGGUAUUUUGAUGAGGGACGAGGGACCUGCCCAUUUGGAGCAAACUGUUUCUAUAAGCAUGCCUACCCUGACGGGCGCUUGGAGGAGCCCCACCCACAACGGCGCCAGGCAGGGUCUGCUGGGAGGCACAGGAGUUCCAGACGAACGCCUCUGUGGGACCUGUUUGACGAGCGUGAAAGUAACGACUCCUUUGAUAAUGAGGACGAGGAAAUGGUGACCUUCGAUUUGAGUGAGAUGUUGCUGAUGCUCCUGGCAGCUGGCACUGACGAUGACGCAACAGACUCGGAGGAUGAGUGGGACUUGUUUCAUGAAGAGCUGGAUGACUACUAUGAGGUUUAUCUAUAGCGCUCCUGCCAAAGUCCUGCCCUUAAGACCUAACCAUGCCUCCCACCAAUAACCCCACCUUCCGACUAGACCUAGUAUGGACUGUCUUGUGUGAGUGUUGGACAGUAGCUUCUUUCCCUGUGUUGUGGCAGUGCCUUUUAGCAGGCCAAUAUUAAAUGAAUUAAAAAAUGUAAAAAAAAAACAAAAAAAAAGGAAAAGAUCGGAUGAAAACAGGUCAUUGCCCCGUGCUAUAAUAUUUUCUAGAACUCUGUCCGUUCUGUGCGUUUGUCAAUGUCCAGUUUAUUUAAAAACAAGAAAAAAAAAAAGAAAAAGUUUUAAAAAAAAAAAAAAAAAAAGAAAAGAAAGGAGAAAAAAACAUGGAAUGGUAUUACAAAUAAACCUUGUUGAGUUUAUUCUUGGGUGUGUAUGUCAUGUACCCAGGUGUCUGAAAAACGUGUCUGAGGAUGCUUAAUGGCAACACACUGGUAAAGACUGUUUUUCCACUCAAGUUCUGUUUCUGUUUAAUGCACUGAAUUUAGUUGGGGUAGUUUUAUUCUCCAUAUGCACAAGUGCACUCUUAAGUUCAUACGAACACCUAAUGAACUAUUCCCCAGGUAUAAAAUGUCGGUAAACACUUUUUUUUUAAAAAAAUUAAAAAAAAAAAAAAAACGUCCUGGAGCACAUUUUUACCCUCUUGACAAUACCACUCCGUUACGAAUACCCAUGGCUCAUAAUGGCAAGUCUUUUCCCAGGACCAAAUUGUAACGUUAUCCUCAUGUUUUGCACUCAAACCUCAAAUGCAGUUUCAAUGAAUCAAUGUUUAUCAAAAUGUUCUAUAUACAUAUGUUGUGUCAAAAUAAAUAUUGCAUAUUCAAGCUAACUUUUGGUGAAAACCAAAACACAAAGCCGUCUUUGCUCGUAAAUUCUUUAACAGCUUUGGAAUACAUAUUUAUGUGGAAAUGUUUGCUUUCUAUGAUCCAAAACCAUUAAACAAUACUUGACAAUUAAAGUUUAUUAUCAAAGGAAUCCAAGGGUUUUAUGUUUCCUUUUCGUUCUACCAAAUAAGCCAGAGGUGUUCUUA